AUGGUGAAUAUUGACUUCGGUUAUUAUAGUGAGUUUGAAUAUGGGCUAUUUAAUGAUAAAGCGAGUUUAGUUAGGUAUAUAUAUAUAUACACAUAUAUAUAUAAAAAAAAAAAAAAAAAAAAAAAAAAAAAAAAAAAAAAAAAAAAAAAAAAAAAAAAAAAAAAAAAAAAAAAAAAAAAAAAAAAAAAAAAAAAAAAAAAAAAAAAAAAAAAAAAAAAAAAAAAAAAAAAAAAAAAAAAAAAAAAAAAAAAAAAAAAAAAAAAAAAAAAAAAAAAAAAAAAAAAAAAAAAAAAAAAAAAAAAAAAAAAAAAAAAAAAAAAAAAAAAAAAAAAAAAAAAAAAAAAAAAAAAAAAAAAAAAAAAAAAAAAAAAAAAAAAAAAAAAAAAAAAAAAAAAAAAAAAAAAAAAAAAAAAAAAAAAAAAAAAAAAAAAAAAAAAAAAAAAAAAAAAAAAAAAAAAGAUAAAAAUAGAUAAACCUUUUUGUUUUAGUGUAAUGUCGUAUAAUUACAAAAAAUGUUCUUCUUAUUUUGCUAAGCCUUCCUUUUGCAAACUUUAUUUAUAG